UGAGCACAGGGUCACUCACUCACUCCCUUUCUUAAUUCCUGUUCAAUUCUCCGUCUUCUUUCUCCCUUCCUCUCCUCCUCCAGUGAUCCUGCUACCUACCAUAGCUCACACUCAUUGUGCACCCCAUUGGGUAUUUGGUUGCGCCCCCGUUUUCUCUCUUCUUAUCACCCUCUCUUCCAUCAUGUCUGCCUCUUGUUCAGCGUUGAGACGGCUGACCCACAGGUCUCCUCCCCGCACUUGGCUCUCCUCCUCUUCCCGCAUCGCCUCCCUCUCCAGACCUGCUGCUGUCUCCAGUGUCUCCCACAUCACAUCCAAAACACAUCCUCCUUCGACGCUCCUCCGUACCUCUCGAUUCUCAACCAUGGCGUCUUUGCAGCAAGCUCCUCCGACCAUUCCCACCGACCGGCCCUAUGACCCCGAGAUCCAGGAGCUGAGCAACUACAUCCACAACUACAAGGUGGAUUCCGACUUGGCGUACGAUACUGCCCGCCUCGUCUUCCUCGAUACUCUGGGAUGUGGUCUGGAAGCUUUAAAGUUCAAGGAGUGUACCAAGCUGCUGGGCCCGGUGGUUGAGGGCACCAUUGUGCCCAACGGCACCCGCGUCCCCGGCACCCCAUACCAGCUUGACCCCGUUAACGGGGCCUUCAACAUCGGCGCCAUCAUCCGCUGGCUCGACUACAACGACUGCUGGCUGGCGGCGGAAUGGGGCCACCCGUCCGACAACCUGGGCGGUAUCCUGGCGGUCGCAGACUGGAUCUCCCGCACGAACCGGGCCGGCGGCAACCUCGCCAACGGCAAGAUCCUGAAGGUCAAGGACGUGUUGGAGGCGAUGAUCAAGGCGCACGAGAUCCAGGGCGUGCUGGCUCUCGAGAAUUCCUUCAACAAGGUCGGGUUGGAUCACGUGGUGCUGGUCAAGGUCGCGACCACGGCGGUGGUCGCCAAGAUGCUCGGCCUCAGUGAGGAGAAGACCGCCGACGCCAUCACCCAGGCGUUCGUGGAUGGCCAGUCGCUCCGUACGUACCGUCACUCCCCCAACACGAUGUCGCGGAAGUCCUGGGCCGCGGGCGAUGCCUGCCAGCGGGCCGUGAACCUGGUGCUCAAGGUGCAGAAGGGCGAGGGUGGCUUGAAGACGGUUCUGUCUGCCCCGGUCUGGGGCUUCUAUGAUGUCUUGUUCAAGGGCAAGAAGUUCCAGUUCCAGCGUCCGUACGGCAGCUAUGUUAUGGAGAAUGUUCUGUUCAAGGUUUCAUAUCCUGCCGAGUUCCACUCUCAGACUGCGAUCGAGGCUGCGGAGAUUGUGAACGCGAAGCUCAAGGCUCUGGGCAAGAGCGCCAAGGACAUUAAGGAGGUCGUUAACCGCACGCAUGAGGCGUGCAUCCGGAUUAUCGACAAGCAGUUCAAGGCGAUGGACAACUUUGCUGAUCGCGACCACUGCGUUCAGUACAUGGUUUCCACCAUGUUGGCCUUCAACCGCCUGACAGCCAACGACUAUGCGGAUGGCUCUGAGGCGGCCACCUCGCCCCUGGUCGAGGACCUGCGCAAGCGCAUCCGCUGUGUUGAGGACCCUCACUUCACCGCCGACUACCAUGACCCGUCCAAGCGAACCAUCGCCAACGCCCUGACCGUCACCCUGCACGAUGGCACCGUCCUGGACGAGGUGGUCGUCGAGGCACCUCUGGGCCACCGGCUGCGUCGGGAAGAGGCCAAGCCCGAGAUCCUGGCCAAGUACCAGCGUCACUUGCAGGCCCACUUCGACCAGGCUCGCAUCGACGAGCUUGUCAAGGUCGGGUUGGACCAGGCGGCUCUCGAGAAUUACGACGUGGACAAGUACGUCGAUUUGUAUGUCAAGGACCAGAUGGUGGCCGCCCACUAGUGUAGCAUGAUUUAGCGAGCAUGAUGUUAGAUGUCAACGAGGAAGACCAUA